AUGACCGCUUUUGCUUGGCGGCUAGGCCUGAUUGCUUUCGCCGCACUGCACUACAGCUCUUUCGCAAAUUCCAUACACGAAGGAUCCGGCGGCCUGCCCGGAACUUUGACGAUCGUAUGGGAGCAAGCAGGCAUGUUCUAUGCCAUCGGCUCUGCGACAUGGCCAUUCAGCAAGUCAUUCGUGAAGAGCUUUGAUACGAGCCCGCUCGUAGGCGUGACGAUGACAGGCAGCUCGAAGAAUCAUUAUGGCACUGGAGAAGGAACAGCUGGCGCGACGAAAACAGAGGAACCUGUGACGAGAGACGUCGAGAACCUGAGAUAUCGAAUGCGAAUGGACAAGUUUCGGCACAUUGCCCGAGCCUCUGCUUCUGGCAAGGUCGAAAACGAAGACUCGAACAGUUUUGGUUCGCAAGAGAUGAUCAUUCGGCGCGACGAUACUGUCGACAUCAGUUUUGAGGACGGACCAGUCAAUCGCGCCUAA